GUAUUUCAAAAAGAAAAAAUUUUUGUAGUAAAGUAAAAUUGGAUGAAAAAAGAGGGGAAAUGAAGGAUGUGGAUUGAACAUAAUUUUUUAUUUUGUUGUUGAUUUGCGGCCAAAAGAAGGAAGGAAAAAAUUUUAAGUAAAAGAGAUAGGCCUAGCAAAUAAUGAAAUUAAGGGAGAAUGGAGGGGAGGGGCCACAGUAGAAAACGAAAAUAAUAUGGACUUGAAGGCUCACAUUCUCUAGUUUUUUGCAAAUAUUAAAACAGUUGUUUAAUUUUUAUUUUUGUUCCCUACGCACUAGGGGUAGGGUGAAGGGAACACGAAGUGCGUAGGGGAAGAAAAGUUUGUACGUAUGGAAAACGUGUUUUUUUUGUCUCUCUACUCUUCCUGGACUGUUUUAUUAAAAUUUUCUUCAACUUCUCUUCAAUCUCUUCAAUAUUCUUCUAGUAGAGUGAAGGGAACACGGAGGGUAGUGCGUAGAGAACAUGAAUUAUUUUUUCUCUCUUUAGACUUUCUUCAAAUUUCUUCAAUGUUUUUCGUCUUCCUCUUUUUCCUCAUUAAUCUUCUUUUUGUCUCCCUUACCUCUUCCCUCCUUCUUCCUCUCCUUUUUCUUCUCUUCCAUCCUUCUUCUUCCUCUUCCACCCUUAUAUGUAGCUCUAGAUCAACUUACUAAUCCCUUCUUUCUUCCUCUUCCCCUCAACCUCCUCUUUUGCCUCAGAUUCCUUUUGUUUAGCUUAUUUGUUAGUUAAACUGCCCCUCCUAGCCUUUUAAGCCUCCUCAAGUUGCAGCCCACUCUUUAAUAAUAACUUUACUGCCCACGUUCCUCCCUACUCCUUUUCAACGUCUUUUGGUCAAAAAAAUCCUCAAAACUCUGCUUACAUCAAAGAGAAAAAAUUCUUCUCAUCCUCUCUUAUUUUUAACUAAUCAGGUGUAGGAGGAAGGCCAAUUGUCGGCUCAACAAAAAUUUAUUGAGAGAGAGAGAAAGUAUCCAAUGUCUUUAAAAGAAGGGUAGGAGGAAGAAGCUUUAGGCUAUUAAAAAGAUGGAGGAAUUGGAGAAGGGCACUUAAAUUAAUGGAGAGAAUAAGGCUUAAACUCUUGAUUUUUUUCUUUUCCCUAACUAAGCUUAUUAAUUGAAUAGCUGAACAAAAUAAAUGAUUAGGGCCAACUGUUGUUUUUGGGGGAAAGAGGGGGCAGACGAUUAAAAAAUAUUUUUUCUCUCUCUUUCAGGUGAGCCUGUGCCUUUCUGUGUCUUUUCCCUUUCUCUGGAUCACCUUACUAAUCCCUCUUAAUAAUACAGCCCUCAGGCAAUCUAAUAUUCAAUCACCCACUAGGCCCUACCUCUUGUUCCCUACAC